GUGGCAUCGUCGCCAAUGCGAAAUGUCUGCUACGUCAUUCUAUUGCCUUGGUGGUCGUCGUCGCAGCAGCAGCAGCAGCAUCCUCCAACCGGGACCAUGACGACGCGAGUGAACACGUACGAGAAUGGUAAAGUGGUCCAUAUCGGCUCCACGGGGGACGCUGUGGGCUCGGCUGUGGCCAAGCUUGUGGCCGAGCUCAGCCACGACGCGAUCGCAAAGUCAGGCCGCUUUACGGUGGCCCUCUCUGGCGGUUCCCUCCCCAAGAUUCUCGAAAAGGGCCUGUCCUCGUUGAAAGACGGCGUGGACUUUUCAAAGUGGCACGUCUUCUUCGCCGACGAACGCGUCGUCCCACUCGACCACGCUGACAGCAACUACCUCGCAUGCCACGACGCCCUCUUCCAGCAUGUGUCUAUUCCAAGCAGCCAAAUCUACACGAUUGCCUUCCACGACGACCCAGCUGUCGUCGCUCAAGACUACACCCGUCAAUUGAGCCAACUUUGGGGCUCCGAGUUGCCACGCUUUGACGUGAUUUUGCUCGGCAUGGGACCGGACGGCCACACGUGCUCGUUGUUUCCAGGCCACGUGCUCUUGAAUGAGUCUGCUUUGUGGGUUGCGUCCAUCUCCGACUCCCCCAAGCCCCCGCCCAAGCGCAUUACGUUGACGUACCCCGUCGUGAACAAUGCCGCCGCCGUGGCCUUUGUGGCCACGGGCGAGUCCAAGGCCCCUCUUAUGCGCCACGUGCUCGGAGUCGAAGACCAAACGCCGCCCCUCCCCGCGGCGAGAGUGCUGCCCACGGCAGGCCAAGUGCAUUGGUUCAUCGACGAAGCAGCGGCGGCCAAGCUUUAAGGAUACAGAAUCAUCAAGCCAACCAGUUUUUUAAUAUGAGGCUAAAUCAAGUGGACACGUUGCGCAACGUCCGUUUGUCCA